AUGGAGGAGCUAUUCCCUGCAGGUACCGAGGAUAUAGACUUUGCCUCGGUUCGACGGGAGGCGAAGGAGGUAACCCUGACCAUGCAUCGCCAGGAAGUGCCUCUUGUCAACGCCUUCCUGACUGGGGUAAAGAUUGAUGCGGGGGAGCUCGCUCGGACUAAGGCCACGGACUUCUCCGAUCGGGCUUUUGGGGAUAUGUACCUUACCCUAGCCAGGGCAGAGAGAGAGGUGGACUUGGCUAUACGCCACUCUGAGACAGCCAAGGCUGCUACCGCCGAGGCUCAGGCUGCCAUCCGGGAGAGGAAUGUGCUGCAGCUGAAGGUGGGGAGGUUGGAGCUGGAGCUAAAGGAGACAACCCGGCGGCUAGAGGCGGUGGAGGAGGCUAGGCUCGAGUCUGAGAGGAGAAGGACCGAGGAGCUGAGCGUGGCUCGUGCCGAGGCUGUGGAGGAGUAUCAGGGCUCAAACAGGUUCAAGAGCCUUGUGCUGGACGCGAUGGUCGAGGAUGGUGUUCCCCCUCCCAUUCCUUCCGGUCGGGAGUCACUGUUUGCGGCCACUCCGUCUGCCGAGGCCACGAGUCCUUCGGAGGCUAAGACGCGGGGAGGUGCCGAUGCUAGCGGAGGGGAGUCGACCGUGGAUCCUGACACAGCUGCCGAGGAGGAGGCGGACGACCAUGCCGAUGCCUGA